AUGGAACAGAGAAUAUCACCAGUUGAUACUUUCAACCUAAGUGUCACCCCUAUUGUUGGGGAAUUAAAUCAUAAUCAUCCAUCUUCUACCAAACAAGAUCCCUCCUCUUCAUCCAAACUAUGGAAUUCAAUAGAGAAUAAUAAAAAAGUAGAAAAGAAAAAGAAAAAAAAAGUAAUUAAAACAAAAAGUGCAAUUAAAGAGGUUCUAAGAGAGUAUCAAGUAGGAUCAACAGUUCCAAUUAAACAAUUAAGGAAAAAAGUAGUAAAUAAGCAAAUUCAACAAUUGGAAAAACAAUUAAAAGAGAAAUUCAAUUUAAAGAUCCAUCAACCCAAUAAAUACUAUUUUGUAAUGGGACAAGAUGUUAAAGUUUUAAAGAAACCUAAAGAACGGUCAAAAAAACCUAAAAAGAAUUCCACUACAUCCUUAUCCUCAUCUUCUAUUCCCAAAAAGAAUAAUGUUCAAAAAGCACAAGAAUAA